AUGCUUCCACUGCAAUUCGGUGCACGCCCUCACUACACUCCGUCGCUGUUUUUGAGUAGCUCCAACGCGCGUUCCUCCUCUCGCCUCCUCUACAACAACAGAAACAACAAGAUGUACCUUCUUCGCUCCAACGUGGGAACCCUCAACCUUAAGGUUUUCGCUGCGUCUGGCAGCUCAGCAUUCAAGAUGAACCUCAACGAAUACCUCGUCACUCUCGAGAAGCCCCUCGGCAUCCGAUUCGCUCUAACCGCGGACGGCAAAAUCAUUGUCCACUCUCUCACCAAAGGGGGUAAUGCCGAGAGGUCCAGGAUAAUUAUGGUGGGCGACACUUUGAAGAAAGCUGGCGAUUCGUCUCAGAACACUCUCGUUGAGAUUAAAGACGUUGGAAAUACACAGAAGGUGUUAAAUGAGCAAACAAGUUCUUUUAGUUUGGUUCUUGAGAGGCCCACAUCUCCUUUUCCCAUUCAACUACUGCAAAAGAUGAAUGAUAUUGAAAUAGUGUUUAAUAGAGGGCGAGUUCCUAUUGUCACAUGGAACAAGACCCUAUUGGCAUCAAAUUUACAACCAUCUAGUGAGACCUGUGGGAAUUCUGGAUUUUUGAUGUUCAACUCAAAGUUUCUUAAACAAAAUGCCAACAAGUUAUUGGGCAACCAAUACCAAAAUACCAUCACCCAUGGUGAGAGAAACUUCUUCACCGAACACACAACACAACUUGCUUGUGUUUUUACCGAAGAAGUGUGUGGAGAUGGAGAUUGGGGUCAUGGAAGUUUCCCACUUGAAGAGUAUAUUCAGGCUCUAGAUCGUUCCAAGGAUGAGAUGUACUAUAAUCACUCUCUUGGUAUGCGUUAUAGCAAGAUUACAGAGCAAAUAUAUGUGGGAUCCUGUAUACAAACAGAAGAUGAUGUAGAAACCUUGUCAAACGUUGAGGGAGUUACUGCUGUUCUGAACUUUCAAAGUGGAACUGAAGCUGAAAAUUGGGGAAUCAAUGCAAAAUCCAUCAAUGGAUCCUGUCAAAGGAAUAAUAUUCUCUUGAUCAACUAUCCUAUACGCUAUACUAGAAAACAGGCAGUAAAUAAGUUCUUCCACAUGCACUCAGUCAAGGUUGCAUUAGUCACUCACAGAGCCAAGGUUGCCACUGAGACAAUAGAAAGAUACAGGGAUAUUCCUAAUCCUCACUUCCCAACUCUCAAUAUUCCAUCACAAGCCUCUCUAGGCUCAAACUCAAGUGCUUUUUCAAACAAGGAAGGAGAUUCUUAUGACAUGAGGAAAAAGCUCCCAUUUUGUGUGGGGCUUUUAUUACGGUUGUUAAGGAAGAAUCUUCGUGUUUUUGUUACCUGCACUUCUGGGUUUGAUCGGUCUCCUGCUUGUGUGAUUGCCUAUCUACAUUGGAUGACAGAUGUUUCCCUUCAUGCAGCAUAUACUUGGGUCACAGGGAUGCACACUUGCAGACCUGACAGGCCGGCAAUUGCAUGGGCAACAUGGGAUCUUAUAGCUAUGGUUGAAAAUGGCAAACAUGAUGGACCUCCUACACAUGCUGUCACAUUUGUGUGGAAUGGUCAUGAGGGAGAGGAUGUAACUUUGGUAGGAGACUUCACUGGAAAUUGGAAAGAACCACUCAAGGCAAAGCACCUAGGUGGAUCAAGACAUGAAGUAGAAGUUAAACUUCCACAAGGAAAGUAUUACUACAAGUUCAUCGUAAAUGGACAAUGGAAGCAUUCAACUGCUUCACCAGCCGAAAGGGAUGACAGGGGAAAUGUUAACAAUAUAAUUGUGAUUGGUGAAACUGCUAACGUUCGGCCUUCUGUUCAGCACCAGCAGAAAGAUGCUAACGUUGUGAAGGUGAUUGAAAGGCCAUUGAAUGAAAAAGAGCGGUUUAUGCUGGCAAAAGCAGCUCGUUGUAUUGCUUUCUCUAUCUGUCCAAUCACAUUAGCCCCCAAAUAG